UAUUUUAAUUUCCAUUAUAUUUCUAUGAUCAGGACCGAAGGAAAAGUUUCAUUUCAUUAAAAACCUAAAGGUCGUUAUUUGAUUUAACCGAAUAUUUUAAAUACAUAAUUCAGUCGCGACCAUUACAACUCUAAUUCUUAUUUGUUUUUCUUCACAGUUCACAUCAAGAUCAAAUAUGUUUAAAAGUGGUUUUAUAAAACUUAACAAAACCGAACCGCCUAAAGAAAAAACCACAAAGGCAUCCAAUGWUAGGGGUGUCGUGUAUCUUGGACAUGUGCCYCAUGGUUUCUACGAAAAUGAAAUGAAACAUUAUUUUACACAAUUUGGUGAAGUCACAAACAUUAAUAUUCCCAAAAGCAAGAAAACAGGUAAAGCAAAGGGAUAUGCAUUUGUCGAGUUUUUAUACCCUGAAGUUGCCAAGGUAGUUGCAGAAACCAUGAAUAACUAUUUGAUGCAUAAGAAAAUUCUUGUUGCUAAAUACCUCGAGCCAAACCAAGUAAAAAGUAACACAUUUUGGCGUAGCAACAAGAAUAAUAUUCCUUUAACAAUUAAAAAUAGGUCGAUACAAAGAAAAGCAAUGGAAAGACCAUUAGACCCUAAAAAAGAAAAACAAAGUAAGAUUGCAUUAAAAAGACGCAUUCAAUCUUUACAAAAUAAAUUGAAAAGCAAAGGAAUUGAAUAUGAUGUGCAAAUAGAAGGAUAGUACACCUGACUGAUGCUACAUAUCUAACCAUUUUGAAAGAGUAAGAUUUAAUACAGAAUCAACAUCAUAAAGAGGACUACAUCUUUAGUUGAAAUCAAAAAUAAUGAUAUACAACUAAUAUUAUGUAUGUUAUGUAUGUUUCUUGUACAUAAAGAUAUUUUAUA